AUGCUGGGCCUCAAGGCAACGAUGUCGAUUAUCGACAACUCGGGCGGUUUGGUGGCCGAGUGCAUCAAUGUGCUUCGGUACAAGAGCUCUAAGGGUUUGGGUCGUGUAGGCGACGAAAUCGUGGUUGUCGUGCAGAAGGCCAAGCCGAUUCCCACGAACCAGGUCCCCGGUAGCUCUUCCAAUGCUUUGAAGGUGCGCCGCGGUGAUGUUCGGCAUGCUGUGAUUGUCCGCACCAAGAAGGAGUCGCAGCGCCCUGAUGGCCGUGUUGUCAAGUUUGACGACAAUGCAUGCAUUCUCCUGAACAACCGUAAGGAGCCGCUUGGCACCCGUGUGAAUGGUGCCGUAUCGAGUGAGCUUCGCGAACGAGGCUGGGGCAAGAUCCUCAGCUUGGCGACCAAGGUCGUAUAG